GCACAACACAUCCAUCCACCCUUUUUACCGUAACGCGCAUAAGAUCCUCUCUCGCUCUCUCUCUCUCUCUCUCUCUGCUUAUUCCUUCAACAACCCCCCUUACCUUCGGUCCCUGUCUUCCCCAUCUUUGAAACGCUUUUCUGAAGUUCAUAUCUCCUCCACAUCUCCAAUCCUUGCAAUUACCAAAUAUAUAUAUAUAUAUAUUGGGAUUUUUUGUUCCUUCUCUUUCUCUUUCUCUCUGUGGGGGUGUUUUAUCAUCUCCCAGAUCUAUUUCAGACGCCCAUCACAGCCACAAACGGACCUUCUCGGUCUCUCUGGCUCUUGUUCUGAUCGGAUAGAUCGAAACCCAGAAAGGAUAUAGUGAAAAGAAUGUCGCAGGCUCUCUCAGAUGACAACUUUAUUGACCAUUUUGACCGGAUACCGGACUCCCUCCUCCUCCUCGUCUUCAACAAGAUCGGAGACGUGAAGGCUCUCGGCCGGUGCUGCGUGGUGUCGCGGCGCUUCCACUCGCUGGUUCCGCAGGUGGAGAACGUGGUGGUCCGCGUGGACUGCGUUAUCUCUGACGAUGACUCGUCUUCUUCCUCUUCCCCUUCUUCGGCUGAGAAAUCGCGGAAUCCCUUUUCCAAUAUUUUCCGCUUCGUCUUCUUGGGCACCAUCGUCAAGCCCUUUCAGUUCCUGACCCAGUUCCUUGGCGGACCCAAGAGGGUCUCGUCGUCUUCCGGGUCGCCGGGCUCUUCCUCGUCGCUGUUCCUCGCCGAAGAUGGAGACUCCGACCAGGGCGCCGUGACCCACCACUCACCGACCCAGGUCCUCAAAAACUUCAACGAGGUUCGGUUCCUCCGGAUCGAGCUUCCCAGUGGCGAGCUGGGCAUCGAGGACGGUGUUUUGCUCAAGUGGAGGGCCGAUUUCGGGUCCACGCUCGACAACUGCGUGAUUCUCGGCGCGUCGUCGGUGGUCCACACGGCGAAGAUUCCGAACGACAAUGUCACGGAUGGGUUUUGCGCGAAUAGCAAUGGGGGCGAAGAUAACGGAAGCAUACCCGAGUCGUUUUACACGAAUGGGGGUCUGAAACUGCGCGUAGUUUGGACGAUCAGCUCAUUGAUCGCGGCCUCGGCGAGGCACUACUUGCUCCAGCCGAUCAUUUCGGAGCACAAGACGCUGGACAAUCUGGUGCUGACAGACGCGGAUGGGCAGGGCGUGUUGUGCAUGAACAGGGACCAGCUCGAGGAGCUGAGGGUGAAGCCCCUCUCGGCCUCUUCGGCGUCGAAGAGGACCCAAGUGCCUGCGCUCAACAUGCGGCUCUGGUACGCGCCGCACUUGGAGCUGCCUGGUGGGAUGGUUCUGAAGGGCGCGACGCUGGUGGCAAUUCGGCCGAGUGAGCAAUCGGUGGUGAGGAAGGAGGUGUCCGAUGUGUCGUGGGUGUCGACGGCCUUCGAGGAGCCGUACGGAACUGCGGCGAAGAUGCUGGUGAAGAGGCGGACUUACUGUCUUGAGAUGAACUCCUUCUGAAUGACAAAGAUUGGAUCUGAGGGAAAGCACAAUCGUUCAAGAGAAGGUGAAAUUUACUUGUUUUUGGCAUAGAGAGAAUUAGAAGACACAAUUUUGCUUUAUGAGUAUCUCAAGUUGGGUGCCAAGCCAUCUUGCUUUGAACUGCCACUGAAACACCAAUCCUUGCUUAGUAUGCACGCGCUGCUAAUCUCUUGCCCGUUGUGCUCGAGGCGAUGGUGGAACUGCAUCAGUUGGUUGUUUUGAUUUAAAGCAUAUGCUUGUAAGAGUGCAUACAUGCAACUAAAUGAUGUUGUAAGAUCUUUCAGUUUGUAGUCAUUUACUUUCUUUAAAAUCGUCUCUCUGUAUGUGAAUAUUGUAGGUACAAAUAUGUUAUGCUUCUGUUAUACUUAUAGAGCAAUGUACUCUGCUUUAUCCUUCAAAUCAUUUACUGUUAAAUCA